GAAAAGAAUCUGCGGUUCCGGAUAGAAAGUGGUACUCCGCAUAGAAAAGAAGGGGUUUCUGGGUAAUGUGGUUCUGCUGGUACUUGUCUCUUUACAUGGGGGUCUGUUUCAAAACGACUCAUCCCAGAAUUCAUUGCGGCAGAAGACGUCGACUGAGGGGACGCACGAGCUCACGCGGACUGUCUGGGAGUGCUGAGUCGAACAUCCUCUCUGGCGACACAAACCACCAGCUGGACCGUGAGUUCGUUCGCCUGGUGUCGAUCUGAGGACUGAGCCCGACCACAGACCACUCUUCGAGGCCGUCUAGCUCACAACUACCCCCGGGGAAAACUUCCAAGACCCUCGAUGGAGGCGAAAGACACUGCCCCUGACUCCUGGGAACAAGAGGACGACGUGGAGGAGGCCACCAUAGACGGACAACUCGAACCCGCGUUCACCAACCUCAAUGUGAACGCCAAACCGUUUGUGCCCAACGUCAACGCGGCUGAGUUCGUCCCGGCUUUCGCUGUGAAAACUCCCGCGGAGAGCGCAGGUCCUGCCGCUCCAGUGGAGAACGGUGAUGCAGAGAUAACCUCCGAAGAGCCAUGGGAUCAGAAAGAUGCUGAGCCCAAUGAGGAGGAGCCAGGAGGCGUGCCAUGUGGUGACCGAGGACCAACGGAAUCGGUCGUGGUCGUGGAGGAGACCGCCCCAGAAGUGACAGAGGAGGAAGAGGAAGUGCCCGUGACCAAGGUUCCAGCUCCACAGACCGACUCCCCCAAGAAAGAACACAUCAAUGUUGUGUUCAUUGGGCAUGUCGAUGCUGGCAAAUCCACCAUCGGUGGACAGAUCAUGUAUCUAACUGGCAUGGUAGACAAGAGAACCCUGGAGAAAUAUGAGCGAGAAGCCAAAGAGAAGAACCGAGAAACCUGGUACCUGUCUUGGGCUUUGGAUACGAAUCAAGAAGAGCGGGACAAGGGCAAGACGGUGGAAGUGGGCCGUGCUUAUUUUGAGACGGACAAGAAGCACUUUACCAUCCUAGACGCCCCCGGCCACAAGAGUUUCGUGCCCAACAUGAUUGGCGGUGCAUCACAAGCUGACCUGGCUGUGCUGGUCAUUUCAGCCAGGAAGGGUGAGUUUGAAACGGGCUUUGAAAAGGGCGGCCAGACACGGGAGCAUGCCAUGUUAGCCAAGACGGCAGGAGUCAAACACCUGAUUGUUUUGGUGAAUAAAAUGGAUGACCCCACGGUCAACUGGAGCCUGGAGAGGUAUGAAGAGUGUAAGGAGAAACUCGUGCCAUUUUUGAAGAAGGUCGGCUUCAACCCCCGAAGAGACAUUCAUUUCAUGCCAUGCUCAGGACUGACGGGUGCCAACCUGAAGGAGCCCACCGACAUGUGCCCGUGGUACACAGGGCUGCCGUUCAUUUCACACUUGGACAGUUUGCCCACCUUGAACAGAUCAAGCGAUGGACCAGUCAGAUUGCCAAUUGUGGACAAAUACAAAGACAUGGGAACGGUGGUUCUCGGCAAGCUGGAGUCGGGCUCCAUCAGUAAAGCUCAGCAGCUGGUGAUGAUGCCCAACAAGCACGUGGUCGAGGUGUUGAGCCUCCUGUCAGAUGACGUCGAGACAGAGGACGCUGGACCGGGUGAAAACCUCAAGCUGAGACUGAAGGGCAUCGAGGAGGAGGAGAUCUUGCCCGGAUUUAUCCUGUGCAACGCUGAGAACCUCUGCCACUCCGGCCGCAUCUUUGAUGCUCAGAUUGUUAUCAUCGAACACAAAUCCAUCAUCUGUGCAGGUUACAAUGCGGUGCUUCACAUCCAUACUUGCAUCGAAGAAGUACAAAUUGUGGCCUUCCUCUGCCUGAUAGACAAAAAGACUGGAGAAAAAGGCAAACAACGACCACGAUUUGUCAAGCAGGACCAAGUCUGCAUCGCACGUCUGCGCACAGCAGGAGCCAUUUGCCUUGAGACCUUUAAAGACUUUCCUCAGAUGGGAAGAUUUACCUUACGAGACGAAGGUAAGACCAUUGCUAUCGGGAAGGUGCUGAAGCUGGCGAACGAUCGUGAAUGAGGACUUCAGAGCUGCUGGAAGUAUGUGCCUGAGGAUGGAUGGGCGGAGACCGGUCCAAAGCCGCCCACACUGUGGUCACGGGCGACGGCACAUCCCUCUCACGCUUCCCCUCUUCCUCCUGUGUGCCGAAGAUCAGCUUCAGAUAAAAAACUUUGGUGAUAAAGAAAAAUCUGUUUUUAAGCAAACCAAGACCAAGAAGAAGUCCACACGAGUCGGCUUUCUCAUAUUGAGAGCUCAGCUAUGCCAUUUCUGGGUUCGCCCCCAUUCCCAGUAGUCCAGUCUACUCUUCACAUGAUUCUUUUCUUUACUUCAUUCCUGCUUUCAUCCAUGACAAAUGGCAGAAGUUAUGUCUGUACACAGAUGUGGACCAGGACUUUUGCUUGGAGUAUUGAUUUUCAGAGGUAAAAAUAGUUUAAAGAGCCAAUUGAAACCAAAACCUUCAUGGGUCUUCACGUCGCCCUUGCUUUUACCCAAUUUUUGGUUUCUCAUGUGACGUUCUGGCCGUGUGCUGGGGCUAGCUCCAAUGUAAUUAAGGCAAACUAUGACAAUAAAAUAUUAAAUUGGGGAAUCAUUAUUUCAUUCA